AUGUGUCGCCCACACGCACGGCAAAGACGCGACUGCUCCUGGGGCAGUCUAUGCGUCACGCUGGACGACCCGCGACGCUCCGCGCGUGCGUGGAGGAUAUUCAGUGCCGUCCUCUGCCCCGUUGAGUUACGUUUGCCAGCCCUCGCCAUUGCUGUUGCACACUGUCUCACUUACCAGCAAUUGGCCGAGCUACUGGCUGACACCCUCCACCACAGCGCUCCUGAAAGCUUGCCCGAGGUUCCCCAAUUCCCGCUGCACCAUCGCCGAGAGGGGUACAAACCUCGCCGCUGUUUCCUCACCACCAGCAUGCGCAAUCAAAACGACGUGCGGCGCACGGGGUUAGUGCCGCAAGAGUGGCGCGAAGCCAUCGUGAUCCCCGUGCUCAAGAAGGGCAAACCCGCUUCGGAGCCAGCGUCCUAUCACCCUGUUUCCCUUACCUCCGCAGCGGGGAAGCUCUUCGAGGCCAUGGCACUGAGGAGACUUGAAUUGAUUGCCGAGGCACUGGAUGUUUUCUCGCCUUCGCCGUGUGGCUUUCGCCGUUCGCGUACUACUGCCGACGCCCUUGCCGACGUCAUCGCAACGCUGGAGGAGGCACAGCACAAAGGAGAGCCCGGGUACCUCAUCCUCUUAGACAUCAAGGCGGCAUUCGACUCCCUGCCACACCCCACCAUCCUGAACGCGGUGCGCGAUCUUGGAGUGACGGGUCUCCUCUUCACGUACAUCGCUUCCUUCCUCGGCGGCAGAACCAUGCGUGUGCGCGUCGGUGGAGUCCUUAGUGAGCCGCGUCCAGUGAGUGUCGGUGUUCCGCAGGGCAGUGUACUCAGCCCCUUCUUGUUCAAUAUCGCCCUGGCUGAUAUUGACGAUUACAUUCCCCGUUCUCUCUCCUGUGAUGUGCGCGUGGCGGUCUACGCGGACGACAAUGUGGUGUUCGCGACGGGACCUGUGCCCAGUGGCCGGUGUAUUCGCACCAGUGUCCAAACCGUCCUGGAUUCCAUUGACGCGUUCAUCACGGGCAGGGGGAUGACGCUUUCACCAGUGAAGACGGAAGCGAUGCUGCGGCACCCGAGUUAUGGCGCCCAGCGCUACACAGCGAAGUUCACUCUCCAAACAAUCCCCAUCCCUUGGAAGAGGCGAGUGACCUACCUCGGAGUGCAGCUGGACCAACGCCUCAACUGGUCACCAGCGGACUCUUGCAGACCUCCGGUUGCCACGCGCAUCGCGCGAAAGUUUGAAGCAGUGCAGGACCUAGGGUGUGAUCUUGUGCUCCAAUGGAUACCGGCGCACGUUGGAAUAUCCGGCAACGAAGCGGCCGACGAGCUGGCCAAAGAAGCACACUCUCCGGGAACCCCUGUGACUACAGCGGUGAGCACAUUCGACGUAGCACGGCUUCGCACACGGUGCACCGUCACCUCUUGCCACCCGGACCCACGAGUUGCGGCAGGGCAGCCACCACGUCCACUCCCGAAAACUGGAUUUUCGAGAGAGGAGCGUGCCCUCCUUCUCCGCCUGCGCAUCGGCUGCUACCGCACGGCGGAGCGGGUUCACAGACAGUCGGAACGAGGAGACCCAAACUGCCGUCAUUGCCCGCAGCCCGAAACACUCCAUCACAUUAUCCUCAAGUGUGAGGAGUAUUCGGACGCGCGCAGAUCACUCUUCGAUGCUCACAGCAAAGUGGGACUCUCCAUCAGCACUGUUGAUGUGAUUCUUUUUCCCCGUGCACACGCAUGCCUAGUGAAGCGCGCGCAAGCUGCCCUCAUCACCUUCCUCAAGACGUCUGCGCUAUUUGAACGCUUCUGA